AUUCUUCUUGAUUUAUACUUUUAUCAUGCCCGAAGCCCCAAACAUCACAGAGGCACAGAGUGCACAGUCUGUUUUAUCAGAGGCUUCCGAAAGUAUCGAGAUGCCUUCAUCGACUGUUGAUGACUCCAAUGUCCCCAAGGAACCACCAGCGUUCAAAGUUUACAAACCAUCUUCAGGAUCCUCAUUCAUCCCUUCCACGGAUUUGCCUGACUCAUACUUCAAUCCAACCGCCUCUGACCUUAAAUUAGCACAAACCCAAUUAUCAGCCCGCACACAAGCGUUGACGAAUGCGCCUUUACAGCUUCGGACCACUCGUGAGGCAGCGGAGAAGGCUAAGAAGGAGAGAUGGCCUAAUACAACAAUUCGAGUGCGUUUCACAGACAGAACGCAACUCGAAAAGGUCUUCCCUUCCACAGACAAGAUCAAAUCUGUCUACGCAUUUGUACGAAAUUCAUUGAGAGAAGAUGUGAAACCAGUCAAAUUCAUACUGUAUCAGCCUCCUCGCCGUGAUCUCAAAGUCUCCGACCUCAAGGUUAAGAACUUGACUUUGGCCGAGUUGGAACUUGCACCAUCUUCAGUGCUACUCCUGCGCUUCGAAGAUGAAUCAUUGAACGGCUCCGAUGUCCCCGCUCCGCUUGCAUCCGACAUCCUGGCUUUGGCAGAAUCUCUACCUGCACCUUUGAGCUUAGAAGAUACGUCUUCUGCUUCGCAAUCGUCGACGAAAAAGGUAAACAAAACCCUCAAUGGGUCAGCAGCAGGAGAGAAAAAGAUACCCAAGUGGCUCAAAUUAGGAAAAAAAUAAUUGUAGAAUAAUAU